UAUCACUCUCUGUCCCCUUCAGGAUGCUCUCUCUCCAGCAGCUGCUCAGGGCCAGCCACGCCAUCCUGUUCCUGGUUUUCUGCCUGCAUCUCGGGUUCAACCAUGCUCAGACAGCCAUCCCAAAGGUGAUAGAAAUGAACGUGACCAUGCCUACCAUCGUGCAAGCAGGUGAAAAUGUGGAUGUGAUGCUUAGUGUGAAAUCACAAUUGAACGAAUGCAUGGUGAUAUCAACAUACCUUAGAACUCCAACUCCACAAGAAGGUUCUUUUAACUAUAAAUACACUGCCUGUCUCUGUAACGAUUAUCCAAGAAAGUUCUUCUGGGAUUUUCAAACCAACGACACCUUGGCUAUAAGUAUCAUGGUUGAUGUUACCAGAGAAAAAGGUAUUUGCCCCAACGACAGAGCAGUGAUGCCAAUUACUGCAAACCGUUUCAUCCUCAAUCGUGGGCUAAUAGUAUACUAAUCUUAGUGGAAGCCCUUGUCUCUGACUCUCUGCGGGAACUCGGCAGGAGGACCUGCCAUGGUCUAUAAAAUAAACUUCUCAU